AUGCAUGCUUUGUUUGUUCUCGCCACCGGCCAUCCGUCCUCGAAGAUGGAGCGCUUCAUUAGCGAUAGCUGUCAAGCAGACCGUAAAGAUGAUAUAGAUCGAGAGGCAGGUACCUCGUUUAGUGGUGUCGAAGUCUGGUCUUUUAGGCCAAUAUACCUACCUACAUGCAUAGAGGUAUACACCCCCACUGAGGUGAUCGACACUGUUGCACAAUUCGCAAGUCGUAUACAGAGUAUACAUCUAUGUACUCCGUACUCGAGACUGUGGAGCAAGUACUCUGCUCUUGUACGAGAUCUGACACGGCAGGAAUGCCCAGUAUGGGCUAUGAGAGUAUACUCCUCCGUACGGAGUAUUACUCGAUACAGAAUGUGCUUUUUAUUAUACGCGUGUGGGGGUGGAUAUGGAACAGAACACUCUGUGGCUAGGAUAAGUAUGCUAAACGGCUAUUGA